UAUCUAUAUUCCCAGUCUUGUGAAAUCCAUAGAUUAGGGCCUAAUUCAUUUAUUUCAAUUGACUGAUUUCCUUAUGUGAACUGUAACUCAGUAAGAUAUUAGAAAUUGUGGCAUUUUAUACAGUGCCGUGAAAAAGUAUUUGCCCCAUUUCUGAUUUUCUCUAUUUUUGAUGUUGAUGCAAAACCUAAUAUUAGAUAAAGGGAACCUGAGUUUACAAAUAUGGAUACUUUUUUUUUAAAUAACAAAGUUAUGUAACACCCAAUUCCGUUGUGUGAAUAAGUAACUGCCCCCUUACAUUCAAUAACUGGUUGUGCCACCUUUAGCUGCAAUGACUGCAACCAAAUGCUUCCUGUAGUUGUUGAUCAGUCUCUCACGUCGCUGUGGAGGAAUUUUGUCCCACUCUUGCCUGCAGAACUGCUUUAACUCAGCGACACUUCUGGGUUUUCAAGCAUAAACUGCUCGUUUCAAGUCCAGCCACAACAUCUCAAUUGGGAUUAGGUCUGGAUUUUGACUAGGCCGUUUCAAAACUUGAAAUUCGUUGCUUUUUAGCCAUUUUCAUGUAGACCUGAUUGUGGAUUUUGGAUCAUUGUCUUGCUGCAUGACCCGGCUGCGCUUCAGCUUCAGCUCACAGACGUAUGACCUGACAUUCUCUGAUACUGAGCAGAAUUCAUUUUUUCCUUCUAUUAAGGCAAGUCUUCCAGGUCUUCGGGCAGCAAAGCAUCCCCAAACCAUCACACUACCACCACCAUGCUUGACCGUUGGUAUGAGGUUCUUACUGUGGAAUGCAGUGUUUGGCUUUCGCCAGGCAUAAUGGGAGAACUGCUAUCUAUAAAGUUGACUCAGGCAACCGUAUCAACAUGAAAAAUAGGCCGUAACCCUUCCAAGCUGAACAGCUGCUCAGGAAAGCCCAGACUGACAGUAGUAGAAGAUGGACCAGGCCUUUCCCAGUCUCCAGACCUCAGCCACUGAGCUCCAACUCAGGGUGGACUUCUUCAGAAAGUUGGGCUACUCCCCCAUGGAGGUUCGGGCCGCCCUGCUGAAGCUAGGCCUGAGUACAGACACCAACUCUGUACUGGGGGAGUUGGUCCGUAGUGGAGCCAGCACUGGUACUUCUAACUCCACCAUUCCUGAGAGUGUUGAAGAUACUACUGGCCCCAAAAGCCACACAGGCUCCAGCAUGGCCUUCUCUAGGACCCAUGGCUCCCCAGGAGACAGACCAGUCUCAUUACUGGAAGACAGGAUGGACACAGACAGUGGACUGAAACCUAUCGUCAUUGACGGCAGCAAUGUGGCCAUGAGUCAUGGUAACAAGGAAGUGUUCUCCUGUAAGGGAAUUGAGUUGGCAGUGAUCUAUUUCCUGGAUAGAGGUCACUCAACCGUCAUUGUGUUUGUGCCCUCCUGGCGCAAGGAGCAGCCCAGGCCUGAUGUCCCCAUCACAGACCAACACAUUCUAAUGGAGCUAGAGAAGAAGAAGAUAGUUGUCUUCACGCCCUCGAGACGUGUCGGUGGUAAACGGGUGGUCUGCUACGACGACCGUUUUAUUGUGAAGCUGGCCUACGAGUCGGACGGCGUGAUCGUGUCUAACGACACCUAUAGGGACCUCCAGGGAGAGCGUCCGGAGUGGAAGCGCUGUAUCGAGGAGAAGCUGCUUAUGUACUCUUUCGUCAAUGACAAAUUCAUGCCCCCAGAUGACCCGCUUGGUCGUCAUGGUCCCAGUCUGGAGAACUUCCUGAGGAAGAAGCCUCUACUACCAGAACAGAAACCCCAACUCUGUCCUUAUGGUAAAAAGUGUACGUAUGGCGUAAAGUGUAAGUUCUACCACCCUGAGCGCACUCACCAAUCUCACUGCUCAUUGGCUGAUGAGCUCAGGGAGAAGGCAAGGCUCUCCUCAGUAAAAGAGGACCGGAAUCACAUGAUGUCACACCUGAGGGGCCCCCAGGCCGGCCCGAGCCCCUAUCCCACCUAUUCUCUGGAGAAUGACCUGGAGCACAGGCUGACGUUGGAGCAUCGCGGUUCCCUGAGGGAGGGUCCCAAUAGCCAGGUAACUGAGAACAUGUUUCUGUCCUGGGAUGGGCCACACUCCAGUAGGAACCAGCAGGCCCGCAGCCCCACAGCAGUAGGCCAAGGACAAAUGGACUGGCCCAAUAUGCCCAGUAUGUUCUCCCCCUACGCUACUACUGACCUCCCCUAUGCCAGCAUCUCCCAUGAGUGCAUGGACUCUGGUUUUGGCACCUAUGAGAGCCAGUACUCGGAUGUGUCCCAAGGCCACAGCAAGGCCUUCAGUCCCAGGCAGCAGCAGAAACAACAGGGUUCCAGACAUCCAGGCAUGCAUCCAGAGAGGCUGGCCCAGGACAGCCUCCAGCCCUGCAGGUGUUGUUUCCAUUUGGCUCCCUUCACAGGUCCCCAGCAGCAGCACCACAGCAACCCACACCUUGAGUCCCAAUCCCAGCCAAGGUAUGACACCUACUCGCCUCCUCUAUUCCCACCCAACAUGCACCACUACAGCCUCCCCUGCAACUUCCAGCAAGGCAGGGUGGGGGCACAUAAUUUCCACCCCCAUCAGCACCCCCAGAAGUACUGGUCAGACCCCUUCCAUGGCGGGGUCCCCCAGGCUAGGGCAUUGUGUAGCCUCACCCCGAGCCCCCACCAUCACCCCCCAACCCCGCAUGGGGCCCCCCACUCAUGCUCCUCUUACAGGAAUCAGCAGGAACUCAACUCCUGGGCCCAGCCACCUCCACCUUCUGCCUUUGACACAGACAGAGAAGAGCUCCGUAAGAAACUGCAGGCCAUCUUCAACCCCCACCAAGUAGAUACGGUCAUGGGGAUGUUCCCUCACCUGAUGGAUGCCCAGAAGCUGGCUGCAGAGAUCCUCAAUUUCAAAUCUGAUGGGGGGGCCUUCUGAUGCCUCUAAGCAUCUUGUCUACGGGGUUAAUUCAGGGUUGAGAAGCUUGCACAACUCUAACUUCCACAUAAAUCAUUAAUUGAUUUCAUUGGGAUACUCUUGUUAUUUUCCUUUGUAAUUUACUGUAACUGAUUGAAAGGGCAACGUUUUAUUGUUGAUGUUGUCCUUCCUUAGCAGUCAUGUGCUUGCAUAGCUUAUGUUAAAUCCAUGACAGGUUGUGUGUGCACAGUUUGGGAGAAGUGUAGAGAAUUGGGAUGAAUCCCCUGUCGUGUUUAACUGGAUUAUUUGAAAUUUAUUGAAAGUUGUAUACAUUUAUAACAGUGUAGUCAAAUCUUGCCUCUAGAUUCAAUACUACGGCAAAAGUGAAUCUAGAGUGUUUGACUGUUGAUGCAUAUUGUAUCAUCAUUUGGGAUAUACCGUAUGUGAUCUCUCGUUCGUCUGAAAUUCAGCUCUCAUGUAAUAAGAAAUAAUUGUCUCAAAUAAUGUCAUUGUCUGAAAUUACACCUUUUACUAUUAUGUUUUUUUAUAUUGUGGUUCUGAUGGCCAUAAUGUAUUUCCUGUCUCAUAGACCAAUAUAUUCCUUAUUCGAUCUCUUUAUGCAGUGUGGAAUACAAUGGUAUACAUUUUUCCCGUGUAUAAAGCUACGCCCAAAGAACCCCAAAUACUAUACAGUAUCCUUCUAACCAAGAUAAUAAGUUGGAGAAGCUGCCAAAGAAACUGAAUUAAUGUUGGAACAGCACCUUGUCAAUGACCCAAAUAUUGUAAUUAUCUCAUAGACCAGAAUGUGAUGUUCUCAGCAAGAUAAUGUAUAAAAAUGUGUUAUGUAAUAUGUACAGUAUGUCCUGUGAAGGUCUCUUAUAUCACCAAAUACUGGGUAAAUCCAAUAGAUAUUUUAAAGUAACUGUCCAGUGUUUCCAGAUUUCUAUGAAAUAUGACCUAUAAUGAAUUACAAUACAGUUUGAGUGAUUUGAGUUUUCCUUCCAAAACGUUUUUAAGGAUGUUAAAAAACAGCUUUUCUGUGUUGGAAUGGUGUGGAUGUACCCCAACAACAGAAUGGUGUGGGCGUAUACCGGUAUAAAAAAAUAUUCAUGCGAAUAGACUGCUGAUUGGCCAGCUCAAGCUCAAUGACGAUGACCUCAUCCUCUAUGUGGAAAUAGCAAGCAUUUUUUAAACU